AUGGUAGACGCUCAUAGCACAACGGUGGAACCCUUUGUCCGUCCCACUGCUCGAUUAAACAAUUGGACACCUCACGUCCAGCCACAUGGGCCCGGUACGAAAUUCAAUCGGCCUUCUGUGCACCCCAAAUUGCCUGUACGCCACGCCACAACCCUAUUGCACUAUCCCAAGCGACCCCUGUCCACACUCCAACCCGUUCGAUUUCCUCAACGAUCCCGAUCCAUGGAUAGCCUGAACCCGAUUCAUUUGACAAAUCCGGAAGUGUUAGAUUUUGUACAGAAACGUCAACUUGUUUCCGAUCAGAUUAGAGCGAAUCGAAUAUCGAUGGAUGAGAAUACGCUACGAUCUCGCGGACUGUAUCGUCUCGUUCCGGAUAAACCGAGUAAUGGUCUGAAUGAAGAGACCGCGGUGAAGGAGAGUGAAAACGAGAAUGUGGUCAAACCUGCGGCAGUGGACAGGACUUCAUUCGGUUAUCGAGCCCCUCUAACCGAAUGGAUGCGCACAGAACGAGAGGGCCUAUGUGUAUUCUAUUCUUCCCUGACCACAGAAGUAUUAUCAGCUCCACUUCCAGUACAACUGUAUGUCCGUCAGGUUGACGGUGCCCGGUUGGAUGCGGAUCUUCUCCACAGUGACCAGUCCCAGCAGUGGCAACCGAUAGGUCACGGACAUUUGGUGAUUAUCGCACACUAUGAGCACAGACGGUUCUGUGAGGUGACAAGGAUCAGUGUGCAAUUGUGUCAACCCCGGCUAUUCUCACCCAUAUGGUCUGCACGGUUGGCAUUUCCACUGUGCAAAUACAAAUCAAACCAGCACAGGCAACGAGAGCGUUCCGGGCCUGGAAAAACGGAACCGCAUGCGGAUACUGUGCCCUGUUUGGCUUCCCUACUGUACAAUAAGGCUUCUGACUCAGCCCAUGUGCAUCGUGCCUUUGUGUACCAGACCAAAUCACGUGACUUGUCGAAUCGAGCCAAAUCGCCGAAACGUUACGAUUCAAAACGUUCUGCUCCCGCGGACCAUAUGAUUCAUUUGGUCAGUCAGUGGAAAUUUGAAUGCCCGGAUGGUAAUCCAAUCAGCGCUAGCCAAUUGGCGGAGUUGGAUGUUUUCUUCAAUGAUGUACAAAAGUUGAUCGGUCGUGCUUUGGUGAGUCACGUGCUGAAUUCAAAUUGUUUUUCCUCCAGGUGGGGGUAA